AUGCUAAGACGAAUGGGAUCAGAUGUAAUUGGUGAAGUAACUGUUAAAGAGAAAACAUGGUGUUAUUUCAAAUUGAUAAUACAUCCAGACCCAAUAAUAUUUGAAGAAUCAAAUAAUUCCAAACACUUGUUAGCAAGGUACGAUGCAAUAGAGAUAGAUGUUGUUACUUGGAGAACGUUAAUAAUAAAAUCUUUAAGUAAAUUAUAUGGAUUAAUUGGUGAAGCAUCACCAUUUGAAAUAAUAAAAACAGAAAAUCAAUCUUUGAAUAAAACAAUGAUAUUGAAAAUUCAAUUACAAGAUAAAGAUAAAUUUAAUAAUUCUUUAAUGAGUUAUACUUUUAAUUUAAAUGAAUAUUAUAAUGAUUUAGAUUUGAAUUGUAAUAUUAGAAUUGUUAAAACUGAAAAUUAUAUAGGAUUAGUUAUAUGA